CGUGACAAAACUGUAGUCAGCUGAGAAAGAGAUUAGUAGGCCUAUGGAUUUUAUUUUUUUUUUAAACAACGUCACUCAGCUAUUAGGCUACAAGUAGUAAUUUUUUAAAAAAAAACAUCUGUAAUAUUGUUUGUUGUUUUUACAGCAGCAUCACGAGGGCACCAAUCAGACACAGGUCACGGCCACGGCAUGUCAUAUUCAUAAUAGUAAUAUUAUUUUAACGUGAAUUUGUUGUAAAUCGUACUCACUCACACGACACAUUGACAUCGUGAUAUUCAUGAAUCAUGAUAUUGAAAUACAAUUUAAUAGGUAUAAGUUAUUCAGUUAUAUUAUUUUCGUGAGUUGGUUGAGUUUGACUACUUUUGACAACCCUUGAUUUGAGAGCAGUGAAUUCUUCAAAUCGUGACCUUACCCAAACUCCAAAGUCUUGACUCCGUGUUUGAAUUUGAUUUGAGUUUGAGUUGAGAUAGUAACAAAUUUAAAAAGUGGUAGUUUACGCUAUAGUUAAAGUGUGAUUAGUGUGUAAUUCAGAGUCAUUAGUAUCCUAUCCAUGGGUAUUUGUGUGACAAUUGGAAAAAUAAGGAGAGCUGACCACUGACCAAUAUUCGUUAUUGAAUGGCUAAAAUAAGCUUUACUUUUGCAUAUUGAAUGUGUUUAAGUGUUUAGAAUUAGUAUUUAUAAUUAAUGGGCAUAAACUAUACCAUUUUCAAUCAAGGCUCAAGGCAACUGGCUUACGUUUUGUUCCAUUUAUCCUCUCUUAUACUUUUAGUUCAAUAAAUUGAUAGCACUGGUGACUUCUUUUACUUUUGGGCAGUUUUGGAUUUCCAGCUUUUGGGCAGUUUUGGAUUUCCAGAGUUUAUAACUCAGAUGUUGAAUUUAAAAAUAUGAUCUAAUAAUAUUAAUAUCAACUUCAGAUGAGAAAUACUAUUAUUUAUUACGAAGUGUCUACACGUCCGGCGCGCCGGACAAAUAGUGCGCAAGAUAUACGUCCGGCGGUAUGUCACGCCAGUAGUUUUUAUUAUUCCUAACGAAGUGCAGUUUCGUUGAUCUUGUGUGGUCUAGUGAUAGAGUGGUUGUUUAAUGUUAUUAUGAUUUGAGGAUCGAUUCCGGGGAAAGGAUUGUUUUCUUUUUUCACCAUUUUAAUUAAAAAUAUUUUAUAAUAUAUUUGUAUUAUCAUGUUCAUCAGCAACAGUAGUUUCAUGAGAAGUUUUUAAAUAUUUUGUAGCAAUUUAAACAAUUUAAAAUGAAAUCUUUCUUUUAUUGGUUGCCUACUCCACACUGGCCCCUAAUUUAUUUUAUGGAUUAUUGUACACAAACUCAUAACAAACUAAACAAAAAUGUUUACAAGCCACUUUAAGUUUUUUUCUAUUAUUUGCAUUUAAGAUACUAAGUACAUUACUUGGUAGAGAAAUAGAUUUUAAAAUUAACAAUAGUUUUGAAUCAUUCGCUGACAGACAAGAUAUCUCUCGCCACUUUGUUACGGCGGUCAUGUGACUUGGUCACCGGACAAAUAGUGCGGGAGAUAGACACUGCCUAUUUAUUAAGUACGAUGUAACACUACUGCAAGUAAUGAAAUUAUUCUAAAUAUUUUAUCCUUGUUUCUAGAAAUAUAUUGUUUAUGACCUGUGAAAGUGAUGUAGAAAUGUUGAAAAACAAAUCCCAUCAAUUUUAAUUUUAUUUCAAAAAAAAAAAAUCCUCUUUUUCAUCUCUAUUACAGACACUGUUACCAAACAAUUAAUAAUUUAGCAUGUACAAUACUUUUUUUUGUUACCUUUUGAAUCCUGACAACAAAUCGUCAUAGUUGCUGUCAUUGUAGUAUUAAAUUUAUCAAUCACCAUAGUAUUAAAUUUAUGAAUGAUAGUAUUAAAAUUUAGAGCAUGUAGAUAUAGCCUACAUUUAAAAUUAUUCCCUAGUGACACUAUUGUAACAAAGUAUCAAUAUUUUCUUCUUCCUUUUUUGGGUUUCAGAUGUCAUACAGUAUCAUGUCAGUAAGAAGCGGUUCAACAAAAUACUUGCCACUUGUAUUAGCAGCUCUGAUUGUGCCAGCUCUGCUCCAGCCAUGUGAGAAGGGUGACCAAGACAGUUCAAAUGAAUUAGAUUUUUACUCUCUCUUUGCAAUGGAUAUUGAAAAUGACAUUAUAAUAAUGGAAAAAUAUAGAGGCAAAGUAUGCUAAUUUUAAAAAUUGAAGUGUGAAAAUUAAAAUUAUUUUAUUGUAAAAUAUUAUAGGGGUGAACGAUCAAACAUCCAAACUACUCUUGCUUAGUCAAGCCUCAAAAAGUCGUAAUGUGACUUUUAUUGCAUUAUUUCAGGUUUCAUUAGUUGUAAAUGUGGCUAGUCAGUGUGGCUAUACUGAGGGACAUUACAAAGGACUCAACUAUUUACAAGAAGCAUUUAAAGACACUGACAAGUUUACAGUUCUGGGAUUCCCAUGCAACCAGUUUGGUGAACAAGAGCCUGGGGUACAUAACUUUGAAUCUAUACUAAUUAUUUCUUUGUUGCCUUUAAUUAGUGAAACUGACAAUACUAUUGGUUAAAUUCUCAAAAAAUAUAAUUGUAAAUUAGAGAAUUUGGGAUCUUAAUUACGUUUGCAUCAAAUAAUCGUCCAUUUAUAACAAAAACAUUUUUAAAAUGUUUAUUACUCCACUUUAGCAGGCUCUUGCCUAGAAUUUUAUAUAAAAUUAAUACAUGUACCAAGUGGCAUAAGCCAGUAGGGAGUGGGGCAGCGGCAGAUUUUCUAAGGACCAAUUUUAAAGUGAUGCCUUUUUCCAUUCAUCCAUCCCUGUGGCGCUACAGCCCAUGUAGGGCUUUAGCCUGCCUCACUACUUCCUUCCAAUUGGACCUAACUAAUGCUUUUAUUAUCCAUGCUUGGAUUUUCAUUUGUUGUAGAUCUUUUUCCACUUCAUCCAUCUAUUUAAGCCUAGGUCUGCUUGAGCCUUUUUCCUCUGGGGUAUUGGUGAUGCACCCUCUUCGUUCCUCUGUCAUUUGGCAUUCUCUCUAAGUGUCCUGUCCUGCCCAGCGUAGCCUACCCUUUUUUAUUUCUUCUACUAGUGUGGGAUCCUGAUUUAAACUGUACAAUUCCUGGUUGGUUCGUAUUCUUCCUCCAUAUUCAUCUUUUGUUGGUCCGUUUUUGUUAAGGUCCAAGUUUCAACCGAGUAUGUUACAACUGGUCUGAUUACAGUUUAUAAAUAGUUUUUUUUGUUUUUCUUGUAACGUUUUUGAGUAUAUUCUGACUACUGAAGUAUGCUGAUAUUCUUUUUUAUUUCUGUAAUUCGUUUCUUUCAAUUAGGUAAUAAGAUCUUAGGUAUUUAAAUUGAUUUACAUUUUCAAAAGCGUUGUUUCUAAUUUUGACUUCAUCUGUCUUUGCUUCUCUUAUUAUAGGCAUGUUUUUUGGUUGUUAACCUCCAGCCCUGCUUAUAGUGAUGCGCCUUCUAAUUCAUUAAAGGAUUUUUAUAUGUCUUUAAUACUUUUCCCUAGCAGUGCUAUGUCAUCAGCAUAUGCAAGAUACUGAAGGGGUUGAAUGUAGAGAGUGCCCAUUGGUUGUGAUGCCUUUUUAUAACAAUGUAAAAGUAAAUCUUUAAAAUUCUGCAGAAAGAAUUUCAAAAAAGGCUCUUCAUGAAAAAUGUGUAUUAUGUAAGUUGGCAGGUUAAUUCAACAUAUUUUAGACCAUGAUGGUUUGCUUUUCUUGGUCGCGAUCAGACUUACUCACCUUUUCAGGUACAAGAAUCAAAAGUUUCAGUCAGCUAAUUUGAAUAGUCCGAAUAUUAUCAUCUGAAUGAUUUCUUUCUUUACUAUUCAUGGUAUCAUCAUCCAAUCCAUGUUUACAUAGCCAAACCAUGGUAGGGACUAAUGAUAUGAAAGCAAAACCAAUCUACUCGAUAUUUUCUCCCUGAAAAUAAUAAUCCAUAAUAGUAAUGAAUUAAUCGUCUGUUAUGGCAUGUGUGUAAGCCAAAUUUUAGCAUUGUGGCCACCACCGCUUGUAUCCCUUUUGUUUGUUUAAUAUUGACAUCACUGAUUAAAUGUGCGGUGCCACUCCUUCUAUACGCCCCUCCCAUGAUUGGGAAAAGGCUGUUUACAUUUGAAUACAUUCUAUUACUAUUUUUUAAAAGAAUUUCUAGAAUUUCUUUUCUGGAUGGUUGUGCCUCGCUGGGAGAGAUUUUAUCUGUAUUUCCUAGAAAAUAUGAGAUGUUAUAUAAUUGCACACUAUACUGGUUUUCACCCCUUAUUAACAUAUUGUUCAUUCUACGAUUCAAAUCUUCAAACGGAUUAAAUUUUCAAAACCAUGUAAUGGUAAGUAACACAUCUAAAAUAUCAUUCACAUUGUACAUUUCAAAGUUCAAAGUAUGAAUUACUUUUUCUCUUUCCAGACUAACGAGGAAAUUUACAGCUUUGUCCGAAAUAAGAUGGGAUCAAAUUUUCCAAUGUUUGCUAAAAUUAAUGUAUUGGAGCGUGAUGUUCCUCCAACAUGGCAAUAUAUCAUAGGUAAGUGAAUAAAUCAAUCAUGUAUAUAUUGGCAGUUUUAUGACAAUCUUUGAUUUUUAAAAAAAUGCCUAAUGCACAGUUGAGUCCAAGUUUGCUGCUUCAGCUGCCAGCACCUGCCUGGUUGAGCACAACUGCUUAAAAAGCCAUCUACCAUACAGUUUUCAAAUGGUUUUCUCUUUGUGAAGGAUUCAAAUGAUUUCUUUUUUUUAUGAAGGAUUCAAAUGGUUUCUCUUUUUAUGAAGGAUUCAAAUGGUUUCUCUUCUUUAUGAUUAUGAAAGUUUCAAAUGGUUCUCGAAUUUGUAGAAGACCUGAUGACCAAUCUGGAGAACCACAAGCAGACUGACGUGCUAGUAAUGGACUUCGCAAAAGCAUUUGACAGUGUGAAUCAUAGUUUGCUUCUACACAACUCCAGAGAUAUGGGAUUCAAGGCACCACUAAAACAUGGAUCUCUAGCUUCCUCAGCCACCGACGCCAAGCAGUAGUGGUGGGCGGUACAAGCUCCUCCAUUGUCUAUGUGAAGUCAGGGGUCCCCCAGGGAUCAGUCCUCGGCCCCUGUUUGUUCCUAGCAUACAUUGACCUACCCGAGAAACUGACAUAACAGGCAAGACUGUUCGCAGAUGACACUGCAGUGUAUAGGACGAUCGCCAACAGAUCUGACCAGGACCAACUACAACAGGAUCUCAAUCUGUUAGCAGAGUGGGAGAUAAGCUGGGACAUGGAAUUUCACCCUUCCAAGUGCCAGACACUAUCAGUCUCUAGAAGUUGUACUCCUCUACACUACCAAUACAAACUGCACGGCCAUAUACUUGAGCCAGUUUCCUCCGUAAAGUACCUGGGUGUUACCAUUCAAAGAGAGGUCCGCAGGGACGAGCAUAUUAACAAUGUAUGUAACCAAGCAAACAAGACCCUAGGGUUCUUAAGGCGAAAUCUAAAGAUUGGCAACUCCAGUGUGAAAGAAAGAGCAUAUAAAGCCUUUAUCCGUCCGAUUUUAGAUUAUGCAUCUUCAGUCUGGGACCCAUUUACCCAGAAGAGCAUUGACAGGUUGGAGGCGGUCCAGCGACGAGCAGCACGCUUUGUCCUAAACCGCUACAGGAAUACCUCUAGUGUUGGCAGCAUGCUAUAAACACUAGGCUGGUCACCAUUGGAGAAACGACGACGACAAUCCAGGCUCUCCAUGAUGUACAAGAUAAAUAAUGGGCUGGUCCACUGUUCCAGUAUUAAACAGAAACUCGUCCCUCUCCCCCAUAGACAGCGACGAGGCCAUGACAGGCAAUUCAGGCUCCUACCAGCAAGAAGCCAGUAUAGGAGCUGCUCAUUCCUGCCCAAGACAAUCAGGGACUGGAACAAUCUUUCAAAAGGAACGGUUGAGGCGACAACACUAGACACAUUUUGUGUCUAUUCUAUUAAAUGUGUCUAUUGACACAUUUGUCUAUUGCAUCCAGCCUUCAAACCCCAAGUGCAUGAUUUCCUUAUCAACACCAGUAACAGAAACAUUGCAAAUCCCAUCUACAUGCAUAGGAGCCAAAAUGAUCAAUAAAUUGAUCGUGGGCCCUUAAGAUAUAGAAGAAGAAGAAAACUUUCAGACUGAAGAAUCCAUUGACAUCAAUGCAGAAGGUGAUAUUGAUGAUGCUAUGUGCAAAAUUGUUUCAGUUCUGACUUUAAAGUUAGUACUAGGCCCUGGGUUCUGUCAAGCAAAAGCUGCGUCUGGACUGUAGGUUGCCAUCCGUCCCUUUUGUACACGAUCUUUUAUAUACUUGCAUUUUUAAGUGAUCAAAUGUUUUCCUAUUUUCUAAAAUGUUCUUAUAACAAGAAUAUAACAUAAUGAACACCUAUAAACUUAUCAUGAACUGCCUGUUCAAAUCUUGGAAAAAGAUACUGGUUUGAAAUAUUUCACUUAAAAAAUUAUUUAAAAAAAAACACUGUUCUUUAUUUAACAGGACGUAGUCAUAAGAAACCCACUUGGAAUUUCUGGAAAUAUCUAGUCGACCACACAGGACAUGUGCUUGGUGCUUGGGGUCCAGACACAAGACCUGAAGAUUUAUAUGAUACCAUUAAAGCAGCCAUCGACAACAUUGAUCCAGAAAAAGCUAGAAUGAAGAUUACCAGAAGUGAGGAACUUUAAUGCUACUCAAUUUAUGGGUUGCCAGUUGUAAAAAUAAAACUCAUGAAAUUAACUUUGAUUAAAUGUGCCUUCUGACUUCUAGUCUUGUUUUUUUUUUUCUUUUUUUGUUUUUUUUUUUAAUUGUAUGAAAUAUUUUUAUAUGCAAUUUACUUUUGCCUUUACAGAAUUUGUAUUUAUGCUUAGCCUUACAGAUGAAUAUUUUUUGUAAUCCAUAAGGAAUUUAGUUAAUGUUUGUGGAAAUCUUUACUUUCUACUUUUUGCUGUAGUAAAUAGAAAUAGUCUUCCAAAUAGAUUUGCAGCUGGAGUUUCAGAACUUUUAUUCCAUUUAUUUUUCAGUGUUUUAUAAACUUUUGAACUUAACUGAUAACACAUCCAAUGUUACUUUAAUUAUAAUUGAAGCGAUGAAUGUUUCUUAUUAGAAUAAUUAAAAUUAAACCACUAAUUAUUGCAAACUUUCAACAUGUUUUCCAAUAUAUAAAGAUUACAUUCAUCUAUUUUCAUGGAAAACGUGUCAUAAGUGAUAUUUUUCACAAGUUUGUAGUUAUUGAGGUGUUCUUACUCUCAAGGUUAAAUCAGUUUAUAAGACUAGGAAGAUUUUGAGAAGCUUUACUUUACUGGCUCUUGUUAUUUAUACUAUAUUAAAUGUAUGUUACAAGUGUUUUGGAAAGUUAAAUUAGUUUAUAUGACUAGGAAGAUAGAAUUUUAUGUUAAUUUGCAAUAUGAGUUUUUGAGAAGCUUAACUUUACUGGUUUAUGUUAUUUUUUAUACUAUAUUAAUUGUAUGUUACAAGUGUUUUGAAAAGUUUUUUCUAAAAUUUGUUACCUUUUGUGCAAAUACUGUGCUGCUAAUACAUGACCAGAAUGAUUAAUCCUGUCUGUAGAAAGGUGCAAGAAUAAUGCCCUAGUAGCUGCUUUGCAGUGAUAUUAUUUUUACACAGCACAUUUGGUACAAAUAAGGAAGUCAGCACCCAUUCAUAAAUCAUGAAGGGUGGGUAACAUUUUCAUAAUCUGUGUGAAUAAUAUGCUGUUUGCUAAAGGAGAUGAAAAUUACAUAAUAUAUUUGUUCAACUCUUAUUCCAAACAAUCUUUGUACUGCAGAUAAGACCUCAUGAUGCUUAUUUGAAUGAAUUUUGUUAAAAAAUUUGCUUAGUUUAAAUGAACAAAAUAAUUCCUAUACUAUUCCCAAAGAUAGAAUUUUUUUUUUUUUAGUAAAGAUAUUAAUGGUAGCCAUGCUUGCAACAUGACUCUUUAUACUUAAUGAAAUUGCUUUAGAGGUGAUCCAUUAAUGACAUCACUUUAUUUUGAUAACUUCCCCCCCUCCUCAAAAAACAUUUUCACAAUUUCAAAGACCCCCCCCCCCCCCUCUUUUCUAAAUCAUUCCUAGAUGAGAGGUGUCACUUAUGGAUGGCCCCUCAUUGGUUUUGUAGUUCUGAACUAUGUAGCAUGUCUUCAAUUUAGGUUACAUAUUUAGCAAUGGGCAGUCUAAAAUUUCCAAUUUAACACUGUAUUAACUGUAUAUGAAAAAUGUUUCUUUAAAACUUGUACUUCUUUACCAUUAAUUUAAAGUUUAUUAAAGUAUUUUCCAUUUGUAGAGGACUUGUUACAAAAUGGUGCUAACAUUUAUUUUUUGUUCAGAAUUCAGUUAUGUUUUUGCAAUAAUCGGGAUGUUUAUGCAAUAAUUGGGUUGUUUCAUUUGAGAUUUUUCAUUAAAAGCAUUUUCUC